GGACGGCGAGUCGACGCCACGCCUGACUGCACCCGGGAGAACAGAAGCUCUCCUCCGGGUCCCGGGCAGAACCUUCCAAGGGAGGUACAAAGAAUAGCAUGGCAGAGGUCCUGCCUAGAGAUGGGCAGUGCUAAGGAGACUGAGGCUCUGCAGUUGCUGAACCAAGAAGCGGUUCCAGGAGAUGCUCACAAGCUCACCACCAGCUCACCUUGUGGUUGUAGAAAAAACAGCUGCCUCCAAAAUGUCAACUGUGCAAGCGGAGAGUUCACCAUGAGGAACUGCUGUGUAAAUGAACUCAGCAUCAAAGACAGCAGCCAAAAAGUCACCAUGGUGGAUAACCCAAACCAGAAAGAGAAGGCUCAAGCUGUAGAUCCAAAGCCUUCUGUAGAUCUCCUCGCUGCUGCUGCUGCUGCUGAGCCCCCCAUUCUAAAAAACACAGGUGUUGGAGGAACUUCCCCAGAAGCAAAAGAAGAGGUAGCAGCCUGUCAUGAGUGGAAACAGAACAGUAAGCAGGAUGAGAGCACGAAGGAGAUCUCAGUGACCAUCUGCAGCCCUCUGGAAAAAAAAGUUAGCCCUGUUGCUGGAGAAGCAUGUAGGCAUCUCCCAACAGAGCCCUCCCUCAAAGGGCCCAAUAAAGACUCACCCAGUACACCAGUCUCCCUGAAACAUGUUGCAUUUCUUGAAGCCACCACAGAUAAAACUGAGGAGGAAUGUAUCCAAAUAAAAACAGUUCAUUCCAAGAUGGGUCCAGCACUUCCUGCAUGUCAGCAAAACAUAAGUCAAGGGCAGCCUCUUGCUUCUAAAGGAGAUAAAUCACACAUUAGCAGUGCCAUUUGUGAAGCUAUGGAAUACAGGAAAGAAGAUUCUAGAAGUCUCUUUGGGUCAGAAACUAUGAAGGAGUCCAUUCUGGAACCCUCUAAAGCUGAAACCACAUCAGAGAAGUCAGACAAGCCUGUUGCAGCAAAGAAUCAGUUGAGUGAUACUGAGGAAACAAGGUUCCCUGUUACAGAAACUCACCCACCUGGAAGCUCCUAUAAAGUGCCAGAUGUCCUUGUUACCAGCAUUUCUUAUGAAGUCAAACAUCAAGGCACAUCAGGUGAAUUAGAAUCAAGCCCAGCUGAAUCCAUGGAAGAGAAAACAGGGCACAGGGAACCAACAAUGUCCAGCUGCAAAAAUCAGGACCCAGCUCAUGAAAAAAAAGUGAAAAUGAUUAGCAUAGCUACAAGUGAGGACCAUACCACCAAUGAGGAGAUGACGUCUGUAGAACGUCUUGCCCAGGCCUGCGUUUUGGAAGUCACAUACCCCCAGCACGAUGCUGGAACUCAGGUUGAUAAUCGGGUAUCUUUGGUGUCUGUAGCCGUCAGCCCUAUUAAUCCACCUGAUGGCUCUUCAGCUUUCACAUUUCAUACAAGAGGUUUAGGGACUUCUUCUCUGAAAAGUCCUGGUCCAGAGGAGAAACCCACAAAAAGGGAUGUGGAGAUGCAAGUGUCCAUCCCAGUGGAGACCAGAUCAGUGGCCACAGGACCCAUGACUCCGGUAACCAAAUCCCCUCAGUCAUCCUAUCCUGAAGUGCACAUUAAGGGUGCACAGGACGAGACAUCAGAGCCAAUACGAGAGGUCAGCUGGGAUGAAAAGGGGAUGACGUGGGAAGUAUAUGGAGCCUCCAUGGAGGUAGAAGUGUUGGGAAUGGCCAUACAGAAGCAUCUGGAGAAGCAGAUAGAAGAACACGGUCGGCAGAUGGUGAUGACUCCCCAAAGUACCCGCUCCAGUUCUGUCAAGGCUGCCCCACGCAAGGGUGAGAUCAAGAGGCAGCCCAGUGUGUUCAGGGCACUCUUACAGAAUGUACGACGGCCGCGCUGCUGCUCUCGUGGAGGCCCAGCUGUGGAGUGAAAUGCGCUCUUGUCAUUUUCUUGGGUUUUUAUUGUAACUGGAAAAUGCAAAUAUUAUGUAGUUUCUCAGGCAAGGUGGGAGGGAAUGAUCCCUUUUUAAUAUUUUGAAACUGUAAUGUUACGGCACCUCUAUCUAGUGCUCUUCAAAUGGCAUAUUUUAAAAAUGCUGGCAAAGUACUAAAUUACAAGGUUGAUAAGUUUGGCUGAAGAGCUUUGAGCCUUGCCCAGCAAUAGGUGUCUUCAUAUACACCUGAAGAACUUACACAUUCCUGAGAGCAGUGCUUAUAUCUGCUGCUUGCAUCCAGAGUGUAGUUUUCAUGCCGGAUAUAUAUAAUCUCCACAAUGACAAAAUACAAAACUCUCAACAACCUAUUUACUAUAGGAUGGAGAGCAUCCUUGGGCUUUUACUGCCCAAGUGAUACAGCCCUCUAAUAGCCCAUGUUUGUCAUUUAAAAAAAAAAAAAUCACACAAUAGACCACACAGAUCUCUGAAACAAAGCCAUCCGAGAUAUAAGGAAUGGGAUUGACCACAUUUAAGUGUUUGGGAUCCACAAACAGAAGAAGCUAUCCAUUUAAAUGAAGCCUGUUUUAAAACAAGCACUAUGGUUUUAACCCACUCCAGAAUCUUUCUUGGUCCCGUUGCUGAACCACUGAAAGACCAAUGAUAAGGACAACCGGUUUACCCAGAUAAGUAGAUCCACACGCAUGCAGGUUGCUCCACUUGGAGAUCUCCUAGUGCUGUUGUCAGAAAUCAUUAUGUAAUUCUUAUUUCGUUCUUUAGCAGAUGGUUGUUGUUGUUGUUGGUAACGGUGGUAGUAAGAAAAAGGCAGUAUUAAUAAAACUGUAGGCAUAGAUGUCUGGAUUCUUCCUCCUGUAAUCCGGAGGAUGCCAUUAUUUGAUUCCAUAACAGUCUGUAAUGCAGCAAAGUAGGAGCCAGAACUAAACAUUGUCUGUUACAUAUAAAUCCACUUAACAGACAUGUUGGUUCUUUUAGCAUACCAGAAACCUGCUUUUCACAGCUGUUAAUGGUUAAGUUUUCUAGCUCUCUCUAGGAGUAACUCAAAUGGGAAAGUGCUUUUCUAAAGGGAAUGGAGCAUGACUGGAUUGCUUACCAUAAAUGUAUAUUUUGCAUUUACUUUGAUCCAAAGAAACUGAAUCUGGGGCCACAUAAUUGCAAAUCUCAAGUUCUAAGCAUCGUUGCUUGAAAAUAACCUUGUAUUUCUUAGAGCAGAUGUUGAAUGGUCCAACAUCAAAUAUUCAGUGCAAACAUACUUCACUUAAUUCCUAAAUCACUGGGGCUACCCUUUCCUUAACUACAAAAUGAACUCCUUUCUGAUUUCAAGUAUAUUUAUCCAUUUAGAAUUAAAUUCAUACCCCACCUUUCUGUUUACAAUAUUCAAGCACUUGAGGUGACUUGCAGUUUAAAACUACAGAAUAUUGCACAUAAUAAAACCCAGACAAUUAAACUCAGAAUCAAUUUUACUUAAAUCAACUAACGGUUGAAAAACUGACAAUGUUCUUUUUCCAUUUAUUCUUUUCUCUGGGAGUCCUGUAGCAGAAGGCCCUCUCCCAUCUGCCUGAGAGAGGAGCUUCUCCUGGUAAUUAGUAAGUAAGUGGGUGGGUUCAAAGCCCAAGAGUUAGACCCGGAAGCCAAAGAAAGGGAUUGAGUAGCUCCUUUGCCACUUAAAAAUAAAAUAAAAAAAUGUUUGGUUUCAUAGAGGAUCAAGAUUUAGUUCUUAGUGAAUCAGUUCUCUGUCAAGGCUUGGUCCCAGUUUCUUUGCCAUCACUGAUUUUCUUUGGUAAGCGUGCACAUAUUCCUCAAAUGCAACUCCUCUCUGUAAAGCUGUCCCAGUCCUUUGGAAAUCGUUUUGUUUUUAUACCCUCCAAUGAGGGUAGCAUGAUAGGAGAGGGCUGCUUAGGAGACAGUCACUGUGUCUGCUUUUAAUCCACAGGUCGGCAACCUACAGCUCUGGAGCCGCAUGCGGCUCUUUGAGCCUUCCCCUGUGGCUCCCAGCCUCCUCUGCCAUUUGCAGAGAGAGACAGAGACAGAGAGAGGCACUUGCGCUUCC